CAGAAAUUUAAAGAUUCACAUCCGUAUCCACACAGGUGAGAAACCGUACGCAUGUGAUAUAUGUUACAAGCCAUUUUCCCAGAAAGGCAACUUAGAUGUACACAUGCGUAUUCACACUGGUGAAAAACCACAUAAAUGCAAUAAAUGUUACAAGUCAUUUUCAGACAAAGGUCACUUUAUAAGACAUGUGCGUACUCACACAGGUGAGAAACCACAUGCGUGUGAGAAACCAAAUGAAUGUGAUGUAUGUCACAAAAUAUUUGCAAAUAAAAGUGCUUUAAAGAAGCAUAUGCCUAUUCACACUACUGAAAAACCUUUUGAAUGUGAUAUGUGUUAUAAAAAAUUUGCAGAUAAAAGUAAUUUAAUAAGACAUGUACGUAUACAUACAGGUGACAAACCACACGAAAAACCAUAUAAGUGCAGUUUAUGUAGCAAGUCAUAUACGGAGAAUGCCAAUUUAAAUAGACAUAUGCGUGUUCACAAUAGUGAUGGGAAAUGUAUGUGA